UAUCUUUAUGUCACGGGCUAAAGCCAUCUCACCGAAUCACCUUCUUAUCUCCGUACUCUCUCUCUCUCUCUCUCUGACUCAAACCAUCUCACCUCCUUAUCUCCAUUCUCUCUCCUUUUAUCUUCAUUUUUUGGUUCUCUCUGUGUUUGAAAAUGGCUUCUAAAAAGAAAAAAAAAGGCUCCUAUGGCAUCACCCAUUUCAUUCUAGCCCUUUUCUUCUUAUCUCUCUCUUCAACAUUUCAUUUGCUGCAAAACAGCUGGAUGAGUUGGUCCAAGAUCAGACUAUGUUCUUGCAAUACCAUAACGGGAAACAAUUCAAUAUCUGUGAAGAGGCACGUCACUGGUGAAUUUGGGAAGAAAUAUGUACAUGCGGAUUUUGAUGAUUGUUGCCUCUUUGUUAUGGUCCUGCUGUUACUUGCCUCUUUGUUAUGGGUGGUUCAGGAAAGACUACUCACUUCGAUGAUCCUUCUUGGCUUGUAUAUUUCAGCAACUCCAGAAGGAAGUGUUGAGAGGAAUCCUAGUUAAAGUUAAAACUAGCCCUCGGUGGAUAUAAUGGAUUCCUAAAAUGUGAGAUGAUGAGCUAGUGAGGCUACUCCAUGACAUAACAAAAAAUGCUUGAUAAUUCGCGAUGAUAUUUGCACAACAGAGGACUGGGACAUACGUCUCAAUUGGAAAGAGGAGUAGGAGCAAAGUAUUACAACCACUAUUUUUGACAGAGGCUGAAGCUUGAGAACUACUUCAAAACAAAUGGUGGUUGAUGGAUUAGUAAUUCAUGUGGAUUCACAUGUAAACCCAUUUGUUUGUUCCAUGUCUUUAAGUAAAACUUUGCUGCGACUUGUCUUUCCAAUUGAAAAUGCAGAUUACAGGAUGUCCUAAUCCUCUGUUGUCCAAAUGUCAUCAAGAACUAUCAAGCAUUUUUUUGUUAUGUUGGACUUAAUGGAGUAACCUAACUAGCUCAUCGUCUCCCAUAUUGCGAAUCCUCUUGAUGUUUGUUUGUCUUGGAUUUUCUGCUGUUCCAACAUCCACAACAUAUAUUGUUACUAUUAGUUAAUUUACUUAAUUAAUAGUAGACAAACAUAUUUGUUUAUUUAC